AUGGUUCUCCGUUUGGCACGGAAGUUCAAGCGGAGUGAAUCGAGUGGGAGGGCAAGUUUGUCUCUUGGCGAGUACCUUGAGCAGGUGGCACUGUUUCGCAGGGCGUUGCGUCUCGAUUACAACGUAGGGGAUUUCCUGAAGCAGGUGGACCUCUCUGGAGUUCCAGAGCUGACGUGGAACGAGUACUACGCCGACGAUGAGAUCAAGGCUCAGCUGAGGGCUAUUUCGGAGAGCACACCUGCAGAUGAGCAAGUGCUGCGGCGGUCUGUGUAUGGUAGCAAUGGUCGACCAUCUGGGCCGCCGAUCGUACUUCUGCACGGGCCACCUGGCACCGGAAAGACUCAAGGAAUGAGAGUGGUCGCCGCGCAGACGAAGAAGACCCUGUACAUGCUGUCGUUGAAAGGACUUGUGGGGCAGAACCAGAUCAGAGAUCUGUUUGGCGCUAUCUGUCUUCGAUAUACAGAGCGCUCGAAGGAGCCUGAGGGCACUCCACGCAGGGCCUCGCGGCACGGUGGCGGAUUCUUGAGGAGCUCGCCAGUCUGCGCGACGCGAUCGUGUUCAUUCAAGCUGUGA